AUGCUGCUCGAACCUGAGAUACUACUAGAGAAGAGACAGAAUAAAUUAGCGGAGCUUCUUCACCUCGUUCAGGAUCCACUUUUUGAGAGAGUUUCUAAGGAAGGGCUUGAGGGAUUGAAGGAAUUUCUUACUGCCAAUGUGGUGGGUACAGUAUUCAAGCUUGAUUCCUUUGCAAACGGGACUACGCAGACAGUAUCCGAAAUAAUAGGUGAUAGGAUCAAUGGAGAUCUAUUCCAUACGGACUUAGAAAGUGGCGCCUUGCCCCAAGGUGCUGAAGAGCGUGAUGUGCUUCCACAAAAAAGACAAGCCGAUUCCAACAUUGAGGAUGAACCCCCAGCAAAAGUACUAAGAUCUGGAUCGCAGGUAAGCACUGGUCGUCCAGUCAGAACCAAGUAUGAGACUCGAAAACAAGCUGCAUUGAAUUCUAUGUCACGCCCACAGACACAUACUCAGGCACAAGCAUCGAACCAAGCAGCUCAAGUGCCAUAUACUGCCACUCCAGUUUCAGUUCCUGUAUCCUCCAAGCAGAAUAUUGUAGCUUCCAUUUCAAAAGCUAAGUCAUCAGAGACCAAUAGGGAGCGUAGCCACAACCCCAAAACGCAGUUUCUUGAUAGAGAUAUCAGCGAUUUGGACGUCCUUACUGUUCCGGAACACUAUCCAACCAAACCCCAUGCGGUUUCAUCGUUGGCAGAGUUGUAUUAUCUUACGCAGACAUUACCGUUAAUCAAACUUUUACCAAGCAGUCACAAGGCACUCAUGUCUGAGAAUUACGAACUUGCUUUUCUUGAAGGGAAGAUAGCGGUGUUGUAUUCAAGAAUAGAGGAAUUAAAGAGACAAGGGAAAUGGUCUUUAAGACAGCCUAUAAAGUACAAGGAUCCAAUGCAAGGUAGCAGCCACUGGAGUAAUGUCUUGGAAGAAGGUAAAUGGAUGGCAUCUGAUUUUAAAGAAUCUUCUAAAUAUAAAAAGGCGUGCUGUUAUAUGAUGGCACAGGCGAUUUCUGACUAUUGGACAUAUGGUAAAGAUUUGGUUUGCAUUAAGCGGAAGGGCGUGAGACAUAUUGAAUCAGCUCCAAAGGCAGAUCUUGAAGAGGAAAUACUAGGAGAAACCAUUCCUGACUUGGUACCCGAGAUUAAGGAAGACGCAAAGGAUGCCGAUGGAGAUAUAGUAGAUGAUGAUGAGGAAGACCAAUUUGUAGAUGCUAAGGCUGUAAAUUCUUCCAUGGAAGCAAUUGAUGUUCUGACUCUUCUAGAAAAAGAUCAAGCGGUCAAAGAGGAAGACAUUGUAGAGGAGUCAGUGAGCAAAAAUGAAGAAUGGAAGAGAGGGCCUCCACUUUCAGAUGAUCAAAGUAACUACCCAUUCAAGCUUCAUGUUAAUUUAAAUGACUUGAAGAAAAUUGAUCAAUCGCUUAUAUUAAAUUUACCGAAGUUCACUGCUUUUGAUGAUGACACCAAUAACACAAAGGGGCCAUUGAAGACAGCAGACAAUUCUCCUUUGACCGCUGUCUCAAGAUUAUUGUAUCCACUUGAACAGGAUGACGACUGGUAUAAGGUCAUUCUCACCGAAAGUACAUCAAAUUCCAAACAAGUGACUUCCGCAGGACCUCCAGAUUUCCAAAAGGGUCUAUUUGGGUUCCAAUCGCAUCGCAGAUUCAAUAGUUUGAAACCGCCAAAACCACCAUUGAUCAAAAACAUUGAAUUCAGAUCUCCAACUAUUUGGUUACCACAGGAUGAUAAGUACUUGAUUCAUUACGUUGCAGAGUUUUGUUUUAACUGGCAACUUAUUUCGGAGCAUUUGCUGUCCUCUGCAGCGAGUAUGAAAAAGUACGAAUCAAAUAUUGAGAGAAGAACUCCAUGGCAAUGUUUUGAAAGGUAUAUUCAAUUGAAUGAAAAGUUUCAAUUUUCAGACAUGAAAGGCGUUUACUCGUAUCAUGCUCAGCAAUGGUUAGAACAAGCUCAUAAGGCACAACUGACUACUAAGAGAAGAAUAUCCCCACUUGGAGUUGGUAAUGAAUCCAUUCAAAGAGGUCAUAGAAGAUUGCGCUGGGCUUCAAUGUUUGAUGCAAUGAGAAAAUCAAUGAAAAAGAGGGAAAACAGCCUGGCGAAGACUACUUUGAGAAAAACAAACGAAUUUGGAACUGCUCCUGGAACAGGUGCCUCAAUUGUAAAUAAGAGGCCAAGUGAUAAGGUGCCGUCACCAGCAGAACUUUCUAGAUUGAAGCAUGAAAGAGACAAGUCAAUCCAAGAAGCAUACAUAAACCAACAAGCCACUAGAACUAGAAUGAUGGCUGCUGUAGCUCAACAACAAAAACAGCAACAGCAACAGCAGCAGCAAUCACAACCACAAUCUGGUGCAAAUCCGAACGGCGGUAGGUUGCCUCAAAACAAUAAUGGAGCGAAUCCGCAACAGAAAAUAUCUGCGUCUUCUUCAGGUUCUAGUGCAAAUGGAUUGGGUCCAUCAAAUACCAGUGGCAUGGUUCAGCAGAAUGUUGGCUCUCAAGUUCAAGGUCCAAAAUCUAGUAUGCCCUUACAACAGGGCCACCAACAAGCUUUGUCACAAGGGCAGCAAUCUCAUGGAUCAAUUCCUUCGCAGAAGCCACAAAAUCUGACAAAUCCAAUGAUGAAAAGGCCAACUUCGCCUGGCGGAACUCCAUAUACUGCUGAGCAAAUACAGCAGUUGCUUCAAAUUCAAAAGCAAAGGAGAUUCAUGCAACAGCAGCAACAGCAGCAACAGCAGCAACAACAGCAACAAGCUCCCUUAUCUCAACCACUAUCUCAAGAUAUGCAUGGCAAACCAGUAAGUGGAUCGUCUUCCAUGAUCCAGAAUCAAAAUAAUCCUAAUAUGGGAAGAUCGUUGGCGAAAAACAAUACUAUGGGUAUGACUUCAGGUACUGGUGUAGCAGGACUGGCUCCUCAAUUACAGCAGCAGCAACAACAACAACAACAACAACAACAACAACAACAAGCAUUCCAACAAGGCAAUAGGCCACAAGCUACUGGUCCCGGUUCAGGAAGCAAAGCAAGGAUUCAUUUUGCUCCUGCGCAAGUUUCAGCUAUCAUUAAUUCUAUUCAAACGAAGAAUCCCAAUUUAAGUAAGGAGCAGGUGACCAAGUUGGCAGCUACCUAUUUAGCAAAUCUUCAGCAACAGCAGCAGCAACGCACGCAACAGCAGCAGCAACAGCAACAGCAACAGCAACGCACACAACAGCAACAGCAACAACAACAACAACAACAAGGAACACUCCCUCAACAGCAACAAUACAUUGGUGGACCUCAACAGCAACAAAGGAAGCCCAACCAAGGGCAGUACAUUCCAGCCCAACAUCAAAAGCAACCACAACUUGCUACGCUUACCCCACAAGAGAGAAAUCAACUUCAGAUGCUCAAAGCUUCUAGAAUUGCCCAGCAAGAGAAGCAACUUCAGCAGCAGCAGCAACAACAACAACUUCAGCAGCGUCUCCAACAACAGCAGAAACCUGGAAGUGGUCCUGUUUCAGGAGCUUCGAGCCCCCUUGAGGGCGGGUCCAAUAUGUCCAAACAAGAAUAUGAACAAAGGAAGAAAAUUUUAAUGCAGAGACAGCAGCAACAGCAGCAGCAACAGCAACAAUUGCAACAACUCCAACAAAGUUCCCAAUUGCGUCAACCGGGAAGUUCUGCUACGCUGUCGCCUCAGGCUCAGAAUCAGUCUCCGCCAAAUCAAUCUGGGAAACAGAAUAGAUGA